AUGUUAUUUAAAAUAUCUUUUAUUAUUAUUAUAAUUUAUGCUAAUAUCCAAGUUUAUGCGCAUUCGCCAACGUUCGUCGCUGAAUCUGGUCAACUGACGGUAGUGGACGAGAAUGCUGUUCUGCUUUCACCCAAACUAUCAACUCAGUUGGUUGACGGUGCCGUUCUUAAUCCAGCACUUCGACGACAUCGCCAUCGAAAACAUAUUGUCACCAAAAAACAGAUAACCAGAAGAAUAGUUGGCGAAGGUCGACGAAAACCAAGACGACCAGCUGAUGCGAAGGAAAUUGUUGAAAAAAAACUUCGACGCGGCACAAGUGCUAAUGCCAACGAUUGGACUUUAUUCCGACGAACCACAAUCGCCACGCCGACCCAUUAA